AUGAGGAAAGUCCAGGAAAAAUUGACAAAUGCAGUGGGACAAUUGGAAUGGAGCCAAGCCCAUUUGUCCCCACCAGAUACCGAGGUGGAAUCCCCUGCAAGGACAAGGGCAAAACGUCCUCCCACCAGGAGAACUCUCCACUUUUCAAGAGGAGAAUCCUCAAGAAGCCGGAUUGACGAAGUUAGAAGUAAGGAUUCCCCGACAAGGAGGACCAACAGCGCAGAACCCAAGCUGAGUGCGCUAAAAAGGCGCAUCGCUGAGCUGGAGGCUAAAAACAAAGGUGGCACUGAAGACUAUCUCACCAAGCGACAUUCUCCAUUUACUGAGGAUGUCCUCAUAGAACCAUUGCUCGAAAAAUUGAAGAUCCUCCAGAUGGCUACGUACGAGGGAGAUGGAGAUCUCCUCAGCCACCUUGACAAGUACACCUCAUGGAUGGAGCUACAGGGAACAAGCGACGUGAUCAUGUGCCGGGUAUUCUCCCUAACUCUGGGAGACAAAGCUCGGAGAUGGUUUAGAAGACUACACCAGAGGUUAGUAAAAAAUUGGAACGACUUGGCCACAACAUUUUUAGCCCAGUUCAUGGGCUCCAAAGACAGAACCACGCCCAAGGAGCGAUUAGUAAGUAUCAAACAAGGAAAGAGUGAACCCCUCAAAGGUCACCUGAGCAGGUUCAAUAAACAAUCCAUGGAAGUAGAAAAAAUAUCUGAUGAUGACGCACUCAUGUCAGUACUGGCUGCACUAAGGCCCAGAAUGAGACUCUGGUGGUUGGUACACGAGGACGGACCAAAGACCUAUCACGAGUUCUUGAGCCGAGUUGAAAAAUACAUAAGUGCUGAAAACGCAAGCUCUGAUUAA